AUGGAUAUGAGUCUUGGAGUCUCGCCAGAUCGCAACUUCUACCCGCAAACUGAGAGCGAACUGUAUAAGCUAUCUCAAGAGCUGCGUGAUAAAGUCUACAGAGAGCUCUUCCGCUCCACCAGGAUCCAACACACUCCCGGGUACUACUUCUGCGCUCGUAAACCUGAUAACACAGGUGGACCUCCAGUGGAUAGCCAACCGCUCUCUAUCUUGAUCACCUGCCGCUGCAUCGCCCGAGAAAUUGGACAGAGCUGGAUACUUCGGGAGAGUGUGCGCGACGUCGACGUGGUUUGCGGCAAGAUAUUGUUACCAAAGAGAUUAGACGAACCGGAUCCUAUCGCACCGCGUCGAUUGGUGGAUGUGCACCCUCCGCUGGUGUAUGACUUUAGGCAUGUGCCACCCCCGUGGUAUUUCCGCGAGAUGGUCUCGACCAGAGAAGGUGCAUCUUCAGAAAUAAUUGGAUAUCCACUGUACGCCAGACAGGAUGAAAGCAUUCGGUUCACUAUGACUCGCGGAGAGGAAGUCGACUACGAGGUGCUCCCAUAUUCUACUGCUAUUGGUGAAAUGCCUAUUUCCUGGACGGAGAUUCGCAGGUGUCUGAUUACAGAGAGCAUUGAAAGAUACCGCAUGAAUAUUGAAGAGGACUAUCCUGAUCUAGCAGCAUAUCUACGCUAAAACCGAGAUUCCUGAGCGUAGCUCCAAAUUUCUAUAUCGCAGCAGCCAGAGUCGGGCGUGACCAAAUGUCCGUCGUUUCGUCUCGCUGCCCAACACAGACAGGAGAUUUGGUCUCUGCUGUACCGUAGCAAUAAAUAAUCGGUGCCUCAUUUAUUCACCUGGGGCACACUAGGUACCUUUCAGUGGAACGGAGGUUAGCUCUGUUCCUUGUCGUUAAAUCACACAUCAUCGAAAUACUUACUGCUGAUCACCAUACGUAACGCGUCUGUUAAUAAAAGUAUGGAAAAUCAUCUAUAU